AUGGCGCUGCAAAUACAUCAGCUCGGUCGGGACGAACUGUGCUGUUUUAUCUGCAAGGAUCUGAUGAAGGAUCCGGUGACUAUUGCCUGUGGUUACAGCUACUGUAAGAGCUGUAUUAGUAGACGUUGGGAUGGAGAGAAGCAGGCUAAAAUAUACAGCUGUCCUCAUUGCAGACAGACCUUUGAACCAAGGCCUGCCCUGGUGAUAAGCACCGUGUUGGCAAAUUUAGUGGAGGAAGAGAAGAAGAAGACAGAACCCCAGGCUGGUCCAUCUUAUCACCGUGAUGCUGGACCUGGAGAAGUGGGAUGUAGUCCUACAAGGAGAAAGAGGAAAUCUCUGAAGUCCAAUCUGCAGCCUCACGAUGAAGUUCCAUUUAAGAAAACCAAGCUAAUUGAAGCUUCGAAACUUCAUGAAAUGAGUGAGAAGCAGAAUGAGCUUGCGGUGAGUCGGCAAAAUAUACAGCAGAGAAUCCAUUAUGAAGAGAAAAUUGUGGAGGUGCUUCUGCCGGAGGUGGAGGCCAUAAAUCUCUCUGCUGAUGAAGCAGUGAGGGAAUGUACUGAAUUAGUCAAACUCAUUGAGCAAAGAAGCUCUGAUGUGACGCAGAAGAUUAAAUCCCGGCAGAAAUAUGAAGUGAGUCGGGUCAAAGACAUUCAGGAGAUGCUGCAGAAGGACAUCAGUGAUCUGAGGAGGAAAGACACUGAGCUGGAGAAACUCUCACAAACAGAUGAUCAGAUCAAGUUUCUACAGGCCUACCGCUCACUGUCAAAUCUCAGGGACCCUGAAAAACCAUUCAGAGUCAAAAUUGGUCCUGUACGAUACUUCAAGGGUGUGACAGCAGCUGUGUCAGAGGCCAGAGGUAAAGUACUGGAGAGCUUUGAUAAGGAAUGGAUGAAGAUCUCAGAGAAAGUGCCUGAAGUGUAUGUUAAAUUGUUGCCAGACCCCCAGACCAAAGCUGAUAUUUCACAAUAUACAGGCCCCAAAGUUCUUCUCAAACUGGAUCCAAACACAGCGAGCAUGCAGAUACAAUUAUCUGAAGAUAACAGGAAGGCAACCAAAGUGAAAAAGCAACACUCAUAUGAUCCACACGUAGACAGAUUCAUGGCUAGGUCUCAGGUUCUGUGUGGAAAAGGUCUGACUAAUCGUUGUUACUGGGAAGUGGAGGUGAGUGGUUUCGGAGUUUCAGUAGCAGUCGCAUACAGAGAUGUUCCCAGAACAGGACAGGAAAGUGCAUUCGGGGACAAUGACAAGUCUUGGGCACUAGAGCUUAGUAAAACGAUUUGUAAUUUCAAACACAACGGUGAAAAAAAGGCCAUUCCUGUUUCUGUCCUUCAAUCCUCAAGGAUUGGUGUUUUCUUGGAUCAAAAGGCAGGUGUUCUGUUCUUCUACAGCGUCUCUGAAACCAUCACCCUCCUCCACAGAGUCCACACCACAUUCAAGCGGCCGCUCUAUGCUGGACUCGGUGUUCAUUGUUAUGGAGCUUCGGCUACAUUUCGUGACAUCUAG